CACGCCUUCUCUCUCCUCCCUCCUCUCCAGCCCCUGGAUCCCUCACAGGCUCCCUCCCUUCCACCCAGUGAGCAGUGCUUUGGGGUGCUAGGGAUGCGGCUCCGUGUACUUCUAAGGUGGGAGGGGGCUCCAAGCAGAGGAGAAUAUCAGACGCUCAGGCGUUCCCUUCUGGCUGACGCUCUUCUCUGGUUCCGCCAGGGCUGGUCUGUGUAAGAAACGGACGGAGCUGAGGCCGCUGGGAGAGGAGGAGGCUGGGGAUCGCGAAACCCAAAAAAGUCUUGGUGCUCUCAGUUACUGUCCACAUCGAGUCCGCGGCAGGCCUUCAGCACCAUGGACAGCCGCACCGGCCCGGGGAACACCAGCGACUGUUCUGACCCCUUGGCUCCGAGUUGCUCCCCAGCACCUGCCUCCUGGCUCAACUUGUCCCAUGUAGAGGGCAACCAGUCGGACCCAUGCGGUCUGAACCGCACCGGGCUUGGCGGGAGCGACAGCCUGUGCCCUUCGGCCGGCAGUCCUUCCAUGGUCACAGCCAUAACCAUCAUGGCCCUCUACUCUAUCGUGUGCGUAGUGGGCCUCUUCGGAAACUUCCUGGUCAUGUAUGUGAUCGUCAGAUACACCAAGAUGAAAACUGCCACUAACAUCUACAUUUUCAACCUUGCUCUGGCAGAUGCCUUAGCAACCAGUACACUGCCCUUUCAGAGUGUCAACUACCUGAUGGGAACGUGGCCUUUCGGCACCAUCCUCUGCAAGAUCGUGAUCUCAAUUGAUUACUACAACAUGUUCACCAGCAUAUUCACCCUCUGCACCAUGAGUGUAGACCGCUACAUUGCUGUUUGCCACCCAGUCAAGGCCCUGGAUUUCCGUACCCCCCGAAAUGCCAAAAUUGUCAAUGUCUGCAACUGGAUCCUCUCUUCUGCCAUUGGUCUGCCUGUAAUGUUCAUGGCAACCACAAAGUACAGACAUGGGUCCAUAGAUUGCACCCUCACGUUCUCCCACCCUACCUGGUACUGGGAGAACCUGCUCAAAAUCUGUGUCUUCAUCUUCGCCUUUAUCAUGCCGGUCCUCAUCAUCACCGUGUGUUAUGGACUGAUGAUUUUACGACUCAAGAGCGUCCGCAUGCUGUCAGGGUCCAAAGAAAAGGACAGGAACCUGCGUAGGAUCACCAGAAUGGUGCUGGUGGUCGUGGCUGUGUUUAUCGUCUGCUGGACCCCUAUCCACAUCUACGUCAUCAUCAAAGCCCUGAUCACGAUUCCAGAGACCACCUUCCAGACGGUUUCCUGGCACUUCUGCAUCGCUUUGGGUUACACAAACAGCUGUCUGAACCCAGUUCUUUACGCGUUCCUGGAUGAAAACUUCAAACGAUGCUUCCGAGAAUUCUGCAUCCCAACCUCCUCCACCAUCGAACAGCAGAACUCCACUCGAAUCCGUCAGAACACUAGAGACCACCCCUCCACGGCUAAUACAGUGGAUCGAACUAACCAUCAGCUAGAAAAUCUGGAAGCAGAAACUGCUCCAUUGCCCUAAAUGGGUCCCAUGCCAUCCAGAACCUCUCUGAGCUUAGAGGCCGCCGUCUACUUGGAAUCAGGUUGCUGUCGGGGUGUGUAGGAGGCUCUGGUUUCCUAGGAAACCACCUGAUCCUGCAUCAUUCAAAGUCUGUCCUCUCUGGCUACUUAACUCUGCACAUGAGAGACAUUCAUACUGCAUCAAGCACUCGGAAGAAAGAGAUGAUGUUACACCACUGAAUACGGCUUGUGUACGGAAACACACCCAGUGGACCACAAUACUCUGUGGUAUGUGAAUCAGGGUCAUCAUAGAAGAUGACCCUUCUGUAUGUAGAAUUUCUAUUUUCAAGCAAAUACUUAUGACCUGAUCAAAGAAAAACCAUCAGUUGUUAAAUUCAUUGUAGUAACCCAUAAAGUAAAUGCUACCUCUGACCUCUGACCCAGUCACCUUCUAUGGAAAGUUACAGCCUUUCUAGUCUUUUGUGAGGGAAUACAUUAUGUUUGACCUAUAAUGUUCACCUUGAAAUUAUUGUCUAGUUAAGACAUCAGUGGCACCUCCAUUUCUUGGUUUUGUAUUGUUUGAAAGAACACAACUUCUUUCUCCCCUGGCUCCACUAUGAAAAUGAAAAGGGUUUAAAACACAGUGUCAACUGCAGAAUGGUUGAUUCUCACACUGAAAGGACUUCCUGGGAGUUAUGGGGAUGGUCCUUCCCGAUUCCCUUGCUGUCCUCCAAGUGUUCACAAAGUCAAGUUCAUGAAGUUACCCAGUGAGCUCAUCAUGCCAUCCAAGCAGGAAGCCAAGACUUUUGCAUCUUCCUUUCUCAGUAAUUUCUCCACACUGCAUGCUCUCUUUUAUAUUAUUUCCUCUGAUGCCUUCUGAAUCAGCACGAUAAAACAACAGAUGUUUUUGUUGGGUGCCAGAAAAGUUUAAGCAGUUUUUUAAAUAUGGACCCAAUAAACAUAAUUAAAAGACAGACUCAAACAACCACAUUAAAAAAUGUGAUCUAUUUUUCAAUCCUAUAUAGUUACUUGAACAUGAAAUAUGAACAAUACCCCAGGCCUCUUUCCCUAAAGAUUUGAAUGUAUGUAAUGUCAUAAUCAUUAUCCUGGUCUUUUUGUUCUUGGCUAAAUAUCAAAAUUUCCUUGAUAAGAUGCCAAUCUUUGAUGUAGCGUCUCUAAGAAAAGUCCUGUCUGACCAGUUUUCAUGGACAUGACCUGCAGCUGAGAUUUGGCAAUCUCCUAUUUUCAGAUCUGGAAGAAUGGCCGAGUCAGAUGGCCCAUGCAAGGGAGUUCUCCACUUUGAACUUUCGUCAGCAGUGGUUAAAUGAAUUGAGUCUUUGGUUGUCUUCUAUGGAGAUGGGAGUAGAAAACAAGGCCCCUGGUCACACACACACACACACACACACACACACACACACACACACACACACACACACACACACACACACACACACACACACACACACACACACACACACGGAUUCCAGAGACUGCAUGCAGCCAGGAGAUGCUACUGUAAAUGUGCAUCCCUUCAUCUGUCCAAGAAGACACAAAUGCACUCCAUAGUUUCUGGAAGACAGUUGCCAUAGAUCAGAAUAACUGAAUUUACUGUCUCAGAUCUGAUUGGCUAUAAUUACAUGGACCCGGCCAUGUAUCCAUUAGAGGAGAAAAGAAAAAUCCAAGAUAAGUGUUUUUGAAUGUUUCCUUUCAAUGAUGCCUCUAAUAACCUCCAUUUCUUGGACGUUACAUCCUAGGAUAGAUGGGCAUUGUGUUGUAGCUUUUACAUUUUCUGAUAGAAGUAAUUAAAAACAAAAUCUUAGAAAGAUUCAGAAUUUUAAAAUGGAUAAUGUAAAUGAGACUCAUUUGGGAGAAUGAAAUAUCUGUAUCUAAGCACUGAGGAAGAACGUUCUUGCUUCCAGUAUGCUAUUUGACACAAGUUCUCUCAAGGGAUAGCACAGUGUUGUUUCUACUCACAGGGCUUCUCUUCAAUUGACCCCAUUCUUGGUGUUACUUAUCUGGCAUGUGGCUGAGAGCAAUUUGGAUUUGAUAUAGGACUUGAUCCAUGGUUUUUUUCAUAUAUAUGUGCAUGAGGCUCUUCCAUAUCAUCUCUUAGACUCUACAAAAAAAAUACACAAUGAAAGGGUUCAUUUUAAAAAUGCAUUCUAAAGCCAGAAAGUGGUUGCCAGUAGUUUUCAUGGAAAGCCACUUUCAAUGCCCGUGUGCUAGAACUAACUUGCAACUCAGUGGCAGAGAGAAGUGAGAGCCCUCAGUCUGGCAGAGUUAACUUUCUAUUGUGAUCUAAAGGUAAAAGAAAACGAACAAAAAGAAAUGAUCAGGAUUAAACUAUAGAAUGUUUUUAAAAAAUAACUUUGACCUGUCAUGUAUUAAAUGUUUUCUAUUAUAAAUGAAAACCAUCAAUGUUGAAACAAAUAAAACAAUGACCAUAGGAAGCUUAGAGACCUCACUGUCCAUAUCCACCUUUGGGAUAACACUAACGCAUCUUUGUUCCCAGCUUAGAGCACAUAAAACGGUCCAAGUUACUGGAGAUGAUCGAAUUUCACCAGAAAUGGUUUCACCCUACAGUCUUCACUCCCCACUGUCAUAAAAAGUUCCAGGAAUUAUGGGAUGGCCCACUGUUCAGGGAGUGAGCAAGGGCAGGUGCCAACAACUUCCCGUGUACAGUAUGUGAAGAUGUUCAUCAUGGACAGCCAUAACAUUUCUUAGUGUGAGCAGAUGGGUGGUGCUGAUUAACAUAACUAGCAUGACUGUGUUUUAGGCACUAUACAUUGCAAACAGCAGAUGACUGAAGCUUAGAAUUGGGACUAUAAAAAGUGGGUGGGGCCAUUGGUGGGACACAGCAGGAGAAAGCAGUACCCCUCCUGCCUUCCUCUGUGUGACAUUUCAGUGCAGCCACAAGUACAGACUUAUUGAAGUUCUCAGUUCAAACUCAUGGGAGGUGCAAAGUGAUUUGGAAAAGUCUGUUAUUGAACCUAUAUUAAAUGUGUGAUGAGAAGAAUCCUGAAAAGUGGCUCUUUCUCAGAAUAUGUGCCCAGCGUCUAGAAGCAUCUUACACAUAACUGCUUCCAUAGAUAGGUAUAUUUCCCUUCAGUGUUUUCCAACUUAUACAGUAUUCAUUGGAUAGUAUCUGACAGUCUAAAGCUUCAUCCCAAUGCCCUACCCUCUUUCUUUCCUUUCUUAUUUCUCACUUCUUCCCAAGACAGGUUCCUGCUUCACAGCCUAGGUUAACCUCCAGCUCACAAUGUAACCCCAGCUGGCCUUGAACUUAUGAUCCUCCUGCUUCAGCCUAAGGGCUGCAUUUGUGGGUGUUAUCAUCACACACACAUACACACACCUGGAAGAAGAAAAAAAAACUUUGUUGGUACAAUACAAACACAAUGCCACUCCUUCAUUUGUCUAAACCACCCAGUGUUAACCAGGGCGAUCCUGUAUGUUUCAACAUCAACACAGACAUAUUUACAAUGAUCAAAGGACACUUUAUCAUUUCUGAUUUUAAAAGAAUAUUAGCAUUAAUUCUGUCUCAUAGAGAAGUUGUCUGCUCCUCUCCAUGAGCGGCUGCUGCCAUCCAGAGCUGCAAGGAAUAGAGUUUGUUUCUCACGGCACAAUCAUGCUCAUGAAAUCUAAGAUUUGCUUAAAAUCGCUCUAAUCACAUUAGGCUUUCAGAAAUAUAUGCAAUUCCUCUGUAGACAAUGCAUGUCUCUUUUGUGAUUUCAGAGAAGUAGAACAGAAGCCCUUUUGGAGAGAUGGGGCACAUUUUUUUUCUCCACAUUGUCACAUGCACCAUAACAGAAGUAUUUAGUAGCCAAAAAUAUCUUUCAGGAAAAGAGUGUUUAAAGGCUGUCUAUGAGUUCCUUCUUCCCACCUCGUGAUCUGAUUUUUAAAAGGAACUGAGUCUCAAAAGCAGGCUGUGAUAUUCCAUUUCCUUUCAAACCUCUUGAAAGAAACUUCUGCUGUUUUGCUUCAAACAUGGAAAUGUUUUAUUUAAUUGGCAUUUUCGACUAAUGUUGGGAAAUUUUCCAUGAACACAAAGUUACUAAAUGCCAAAUGGAAACACAAAGAGAUGUGGUAGUAUAGGCUGAGGAAGAGGCAGGAAGAGAAAGGGGAGAAAUAAAGGCAGCAGUAAUUUCCCAAGAAUUUGUUUUGAACUGAACAGUCACAUACAUGGAAUAGCAGCCGUGAGCUGGGUAACCUAAGCACAUUAAAACUGUUUUAACUAACGCAUAUCAGAGAGAAGGCAGAGAUGCUACAUUCGCUCGACUUUGGAAAUACGAUUUCUCAAACAGGUCAGAGCAGAAGACUCUGGGAUUUUCUCUGUUUCAAAGAGAGCAGAAGCAGCACAACACCUCACAAUGCUUGACUCCAGUGUCUGAUGCUCUCCAUGUCCUGGCUCCCUCGGGAGAUGGUCACCUAGUCUGCAGAGAUACUUUGUGGAUCUGGUACAGUGGCAAUAUCACCGUUUGGUGUGGCAGUCAAAUAACCAGGUCUCAAAUUCAGUGCCUAUCUCUUCCAGGCUGCAGGUGCCUAGAUAGCUUCAGUCAGGCUGCUAAGGUCCUUGGGAAAGCUCAGUGCAGGUGGCCAGUUCUCAGUAUACCUUCCAAAGAUCUGCAGGUGAGCCCCUGGAUCGGGCUGGAUCUUGAGUGACACUAUAAUUCUCAUGGUCCUCACACAAGAAUAUACCAUUUGCACUAGGUUUCCUUUCUAGAGCCCAGGGCUCAGAUGUAGUGUUGGAUUGUGUUCUUUCUGUAAGAACAGCACAUGGUUUUUCCUUUGCUGUGGGUAAAACUUCAUUCAUACUUAAAUAAAUGAGUGGACUUUAUCCUCGUAGGAUUCUACCCGACACUUUCAAAAGAGAGAAGGUCCUGUUGGAAGCAAAUGUGGCCCAAACGGCUCACAAGUGUUGGUGAAGCCUGGGUCCUCCUCUGCCUAUUUUCUAAGACGUGUGGGUUGUUAUUUACUUGCUUACUUUCUAACUGAGGAAUAUGUUGCUUGUCAUUAUGGCUCGUCUUUUGUUGUGUGCAGGGUCUUUCAUUUCUGCCUGAAACAUGUGUCAUUACACAGAUGCAUUCACCUUAGAAAUAACGCCCACCAUCUCCCCGUCUCCCUUCUGCCCUAGAUGGGUUUCCUUGUGUGAUGCCCUGUCAGCACUUCCUACUGAGACAGGCCUCACUUCUUGGUUGGCCAUUACACUGUGCCAUGUCUAUUAAAGACUUGCUGUGCUCUAUCAUUUUAAAUAUAGAACCCGUUAGCACUUAAUGUCCAGUGUCCAUCCUACCAACCUAAGAAACCCAACCAGCCGGGCUCUUGUUCUCCGGAACCUCUGAAGGUAGCAAACCUGAUUUGCAUUCCUGCCCCUGCCGAGGCAGGGGUCCAUACUGGAAAAACCAGAAAACAACAAGGCCUCUUGGUACUCUCUUUAGUUAUGAUACAGUUUGUUCCCUCCUGCCCCCAGGCUCACCCCUCCUCACUCAGUGGGGAGCUGCUACUGAUCGGGCUGUAUUAACUCACAACUCAUUUGCUCUAUGGAAAUUCUGGGCUUUUAUUUCUCAAGGGAAUAGAGAAAUUCAACAGGCCUCCCACCCAGCUGGUUCUUUCCAUGCAAGCUACUGAAUCUAUACAAAUUAGAUUCAAGCAACGUGUUAUUUUAGGGAUUUAUAAUCGCAGAGCUGCAGACAGUAACCUGACAAGUGUUCUCAGAGUCCCCUUUGCCUGUGACUCAGUCACUCAACUUAGACAUGAAUUGGGGCAAAAUAAGAAAAUCCUGAGGUAACCUGAAGAACUGCUGUUGGUGGCUUUAGAUUUUGGGUUUUGUUCAUUGUUGGGAGAGGUUUUGUUUGGUUUUUGUUCUUUAUGUUUUUUUGAGAUAGGGUCUCACUCUGCAUUCCAGGUUAUCCUGACACUCAGUCAGUAUUCUAGGUUAACCUUGAACUCUUGGCGAUCCUUCUGCCUCAGCUUCCUGAAUGCCAGGGUUAUGGGCAAGAGCUACCCUACCAGGUUGUUUUUGACUGUUUUUAUAAACUUUAUCCAUUUAUUGAAGGAAGCAAAGGGAAAUGACACUAAUCCCAAUGAUGUAUACCUACACACCUUUAUAAUGGAUGCCUUCUUUCCAAACAAAUAUUUUAAAUAAUCUAUAAACCAAAUUAUACAAAACAAUUCCCAGUAGUGGAUGCUUUCUCUCCUAUAAUGCACAACACAACAAUUCCUGUAAAAUCUAGGCACUGGGACCACCCAUUGUGGUGAUCUGUAGGAAAAGACAGCAGGGGUGUGCUUAUAAAAACUAGGGUAUCUUUUAGAGUGCUGAUUUCCUAAUGGUAAGACUGAAGCUUUCAGUACACAAUUGAGAGAUCAAUUAGGUUACUGUUUUCUUAUUGAUUCUGAAGCUAGAGGAAACAGCCUGCUGGCUAUUCUCUGACUAGCCUGGCUUCUCAGAGACAGCUGGAAGCCAGCAACCGCAGACACCAUGAAGAAAAGAGCUACCUACAGAACUGAAGGAGAGCAAAGAGGAAUCCAGUGAGUGGGAACUGCCAGAGAAUGGCAAGGCUAUUUCUGACAUAAAUUUUAAACCAGAAGCAUUCUUUCUGGUUUGCAUUUGCUUGGUAUUCAGACAUCUCUAUAGAGAAAAUUAGGAAAGCAGUAUGAGAUUGGCUCUAUAUACAAAAGUCAGUUUGACUCUGUCAUGGUAGAAGAGCCUAGGAGCUUACAGCUGGUUCUGUCUUUUAUAAUACUUUAUAAAUACUUUAAAGUGUAACAACUUCAUGUCAACAUCAUAUGAUGUUGGAGAUUCCUGGACACAGAAAUACCAUUUGAAUUUUAGUACACAGUUUGAGAAAAUCAUUCACAAAAACUGAUCAGAACUGAAUUAGAGAUGUUAAUAUGUAUAUAUGUAUACACACAUAUCCCUAUUAUGUGGCAAUUAUAUAGGGAUCAUAAUGUUAUCAAUGCCAUUAUAUGGAACUCUAUAUGCCUUUAGGAACAUAUCUACCAAUACAAAAGAAAUAUAUAAACAGGUAGAUAAUGAUAUUUUAAUUUAAUUAGAAUCAAAAAUGAAAUGGCAAUUUCCACUUGGUGAUACAUUCCCUGAGCUUUUCACCUAAUUAAUAGUUACAAUUUGAAAUGUGAAGUGGUCUUGUUUUCAUCUCAUUAUGUUACAUGGAAUAUAAGUAAAUAAGUUUGCAAAUGGAGCUUUCUAAAAAUAUACUGAACAAUAGCUAUCCAAUGUAACAAAUAAAUAAGUUUCCUUUUUUUAAGGAAAAGCGUAAGUCUAAACAUCAGGUGUGUUGCUUGUCAUUGAAUUUUUUAUAAUACCAAUGAUGCAUUCUUGAUAUUCAAAGACAAUUUCUGCUAGAAAAAAAAAAAGACGUACUUCAUAGUUUUAAUUACAUUUGACAUUCUGGUAACCAAUGACAGUGUUUAAAAAUAACUCAUAAUGCUUCAGCGGAGAAAAAAAUCAAAAUAUAGUAAUGAAUAUGGUUAGAUGCUCACGUCAUUAAGUUUAAAUAUUUUAAGUAGAGCAUUGCCUGGGAGCUGCAUUUCUCUCCAGCUGCAGAAGUGGAGGCAGAAAAGUGUCCUUUGGACCAUAGACCUGAGUCUACUCUAAGCAGAGCAUCCAUUGAGCCUCCCACUCAUGCAUCUCUUCCUUGCAUUCUGAGGUACAAGAGACUGGAACUGACCCCUUUCCUCAAAGUUCAAGGGUGAAGUGAAUCUGGAAUCCUGCUGCUCAGCAUAUAAGGUCAGCUUCUAUGACAAUGGAACAUUUUAAGUUAUGGAGAAAUGCCAGCAAGUAGCACACAAAAUAAUUUAAAAAAAAAAGGAAGAAGUGUGACAUAGUUCAUGCU